CUACUGAACUUCUUCUUCUCCGUUACUUCUGAGAGCAAAAUGUCUGGCGGCGACUCGACGACGGCGACGGACAUGGAGAUCGCCGGUGACAAAAUCGAUUCGAAGGACGUUGAAGCAACAACAACAACAGAAGAUAUCGAAUCCCAGAUUCUCGCGGCUAUGAAGUCCCGAGCAGCCUACUUCAGAGACAAAGCAGACAACUUAACCUGUGGGGGUGUGCGGAGGUUGCUGGAGGAGGAUCUGAAAUUGGAGAAACAUGCUUUGGAUGUGCAUAAGGACUUUGUUAAACAACAAUUAGUUCAGUGCCUAGAAGGUGCUGAGAAUGAUGAAACUACAGAAAAUUCUCAAGAACCUGAGAAGAAAGAUGAUGUAACUCCAGCAAAAGAGGCAGAAACGUUAUCAAAAGAGCACAACGUGAAAAAAGAUGUCAAGGAAGAUAGAACUGGUGAUGAUGACAAAGCAGAAGAUUCACCUGUAAUGGGACUUCUGACAGAGGAUAACACGUCCAAAUCUGUAGCUGAGCAAACAAACGAUGAGGACAGCAAAGAGGUCCUUCAGAGUGACAUAAAGAAAGCCCUUCGUAAAAGGUCUUCUUAUAUUAACGCUAAUUCUGAGAAAAUUACAAUGGGUAUACUUCGUCGACUUUUGGAGCAAGAUCUUAAAUUAGAAAAGUAUUCUCUUGACCCCUAUAAGAAAUUCAUUAAUGAAGGAUUAGAUGAAGUACUGCAAGUGCAAGCUCUUAAAACUACAAAACCUACAACUAAGACUAAGCCUCUGACGAAAGCUGCAGCUAAGAAGGUCCAGAGCAAACCAGCUAAAAAGUCAGACAGUGAAGAAAUGUCUGAUUCAGAUGGUGAAGACGAGGAUGAGGACAUGGAAGUAGCUGUAAAAAAGAAGACCGCUGUCAAAAGAAAAUUAUCGAAGUCAGAGAUAACCGGAAAGAGGAAACGUGAAAAGGAGAAACUUCCAUCUGUGAAGAAGACAAAACAAACAGAUUCACAGAGCGACAGUGAUGAAGGAGAAAAAGCAUCUUCAGAAAAAUCUGUGAAGAAACAGGAAACUCCGACAACUGGCUACGGGAGGCGUGUUGAGCAUCUUAAAUCAAUCAUCAAAUCUUGUGGAAUGAGCAUUGCUCCAUCGGUUUACCGGAAAGCCAAGCAGGCUCCUGAGGAGAAACGCGAGGAUACUCUGGUAAAAGAACUUAAGGAGAUACUCGCCAAAGAAGGCUUGUCUGCAAAUCCUUCAGAGAAAGAGAUCAAGGAAGUCAAAAAAAGGAAAGAAAGAACAAAGGAGCUUGAGGGUAUUGACACAAGCAACAUUGUGUCGAGUUCAAGGAGAAGAUCAACUACAAGUUUCGUACCGCCUCCAAAGCUGAUAAAAGCAGAAGAAAGCGAGAGCGAUGAAUCAGAAAAUGAAGAGGAUGAGGAAGAAGAAGAUGAAGAAGUAGUAGUAGAAGAAGAAGAUGAAGAAGAAGAAGAAGAAGAAGAAGAGGACGCAGAAGAAGACGAGGGAGCUAAUGUAGAUGACGGAGAGGGAAGUCAAAACGAAGAAGAACCAAAGACUGAGGACGGUGGUGAAAUGGAAAGCGAAUAAUCAUAUGAUCAGUCGCGGGAACAAUGUAGCUUAAUUUCUCUAUGUGCUGUUGUAGAGUAGUGAGUUAUGUUUUGUACUUUUAAAAGUGGUAAUCAUUAUCAUGACAUUAGGAUAUGAAUUUUAAGACUUUGCACUAUAAAUCUGGACUAGGUUUCGAGUUAAAACUUAGAUUCGAGACGAUAUGUUUUGGCUUGUGUUCUACUAAAUCACAUUUUGUUCCAACA